UCGUGAUCGUGCCCCAACUCUGCCGCAUCUCGCCGCCUCCAUCACUGUUUCGUGUCAAGGUGCUGCAGCUCAGCGCCAGUGCCUCCCUAGCUCUCCCCACAAACCUAAGGUCGCUUCCUAGACAUUUUCAAGCCGCAGCACGCCAACUGGCAGUUUUGGGGCCCCUAGGCAGAAACGAAACAAGGGAACCUAACGUCACGUCAGUCAUCAUGCUUCGAUCGGUACGAGCGGCCUGGCCCGCAGGGCGAGCGUGCCUUGCUAGGCCGAGGGCCUCGACGAGUCGCCUGAGCACAUGUCUGCCAGCUUCCACAACGGUCGCAUGCAGCAGUGCUCCCCUCUCCUCAAUUGCCAAACCUUCCUCUCGCCUGUCCGCCCUAGCAAUCCAACGCCCGACCCAGAGAUACUUCCACGCCAGCUCCUCCAGCAUGGCUGCCAACACAAGAACCGAGAGCGAUGCCUUUGGCGAGGUCCAGGUCCCCGCCGACAAGUACUGGGGCGCCCAAACGGAGCGCUCCCUCGAGAAUUUCCGCAUCAACCAGCCCCAGGACCGCAUGCCCCCGCCCAUUGUCAAGGCCUUUGGUAUCCUCAAGGGCGCUGCUGCGACAGUGAAUAUGCGCUUCGGUCUGGACCCCGUCAUCGGCAAGGCUAUCCAGCAGGCGGCAAAGGAGAUGGCCGACCUCAAGUUGCUCGACCACUUCCCGCUCGUGGUGUGGCAGACGGGCUCGGGCACGCAGUCCAACAUGAACGCCAACGAGGUCAUCAGCAACCGGGCCAUCGAGAUCCUAGGCGGCACCAUGGGCUCCAAGAAGCCGGUGCACCCCAACGAUCAUGUCAACCGCUCUGCCUCGUCCAACGACACCUUCCCAACCGUCAUGCACAUCGCCGCCGUCCUCGAGCUUGAGGGCGAGCUGCUACCAGCGCUGCGCAGCCUUCGCGCGGCUCUGCAGAUCAAGGUAGACGAGUUCGAGGCCAAGAAGAUUAUCAAGAUUGGACGCACUCAUCUCCAGGAUGCCACACCCCUCACCCUAGCGCAGGAGUUCAGCGGCUACGUCGCGCAGCUCGAGAUGGGCAUCCGGCGAGUCGAGAGCGCGCUACCGGACCUGCGCCUCUUGGCGCAGGGCGGCACUGCGGUCGGUACGGGUAUCAACACGUUCGAGGGCUUCGCCGAGGCUAUCGCGGAGGAGGUCACCACGAUGACGGGCACAGAGUUCAAGACUGCGCCCAACAAGUUCGAGGCUCUGGCGGCCCACGAUGCCGUCGUUCACGCCUCUGGUAGCCUGAAUACGCUGGCAACUUCGCUCACCAAGAUCGCCCAGGACAUUCGGUACUUGGGCAGCGGACCGCGGUGCGGGCUCGGUGAGCUGAUCCUGCCCGAGAACGAGCCGGGUAGCUCCAUCAUGCCCGGCAAGGUCAACCCAACACAGUGUGAGGCGCUCACCAUGUUGUGCGCCCAGGUCAUGGGUAACCACGUUGCAUGCACUAUCGGCGGCAUGAACGGCCAGUUCGAGCUGAAUGUGUACAAACCCCUGAUCAUCCGCAACCUGCUGCACAGCAUCCGCCUGCUGGCGGACGGCAUGCGCAGCUUUGAGAAGAACCUAGUGGAGGGCCUGCAGGCCAACGAGGAGAAGAUUGCCAGCAUCAUGAAGGAGUCGCUCAUGCUGGUGACUUGCCUCAAUCCCAAAAUCGGCUAUGAUAUGGCCAGCAAGGUGGCCAAGCACGCACACAAGAAGGGCCUGACGCUCAAGCAGAGUGCCAUGGAGCUCAAGGCGCUGACAGAGGAAGAGUUUGACACGCUCGUGAAGCCCGAGCUGAUGAUCGGCCCUUCGCCGUACAAGGGGUAGACUGCUCGACCCACUCGACAAGGUAAAGAGCGCCCGCGGUACAGCGUUGAUGCCUCAAGCUUAAAGCCUGCCGCGGACCAGCCAUACCGCCGUCGUGUACUACCAUUCUUUGACUUUUUAUGAUGAUAUGGUUUGUGCAAGUAGUAGAUACCAGUACAUAAAUAUUCAAAAAUUGAUCCACCGAGAAUCAUUUGCAGCCAGCUGUCAAAGCCAUGCAGCCGGCUUCUUGCAGCAGACAGGGUAC